AAGCAAUAGCAACAAUAAUGUCACAUCGAAGUAGAGGCUGUCUUCGCUGCCGCCAACGACGAGUCAAGUGCGACCGCAGUCGCCCUUCAUGUCAACGUUGUAUCGCCCGCAAUGAGCUAUGUGUAGGGUAUCGAGAUGAAGGCGACCUUAUGUUCCAACACGAAACUGCAAAAGUUGUCCUGAAAAGUCAAACUUUUACUCCUUCCAACUCGUCUCGUUCUAACACCUCCAAAUCUCCUCGAGAUCAUCGCACCAGAAGUAGAUCAGUUGAACGUGCCUCCGAGAGCUCGUUCUCUUCAACUGCUUCUAUCAAUCUCCCAGCAGCAUUUCCAUGGUUAAAAGACCAGUCCAAAACAGAGCCCGUCUCCAAGGAUGACCAAAUAGCGAACACAUUCAUGGAUAAAUAUGUGUUGCUUCCUUGUAACGAGUCAUCCUCUCCUGGUUUUCUCGAGCAUCUCCCCUGCUUGUUCAAAGAAGUCAACAUUGAGGGCCGUUAUGCGUUGAGAUUUGCUGUUCAAGCAUGUGCUUUCGCAGACCUUUCUCGUGAACAAAGCUCAGAGGAAUUAGCCAAGAGGUCACUAGAGUACUAUGGCCAUGCUCUUAGUGCCCUUGGACAAUCUUUGGCUGAAAAGAACAAGACACCAGAUGAUUACGAUUUGAUGACAGUGGUUAUGCUGGACAUAUUUGAGACGCUCUUUAUACCUGAUUCGCUAAUGACUGGUGCGCACGCCCAAGGCAUGGCACAUAUAUUGCGACUGCGUGGCCAUGAGCAAUUCCAUGACCCCCGUGGCUGGGGCCUGUUCCGUCUAGUUCACCAUAGACUGCAAAAGCAACAUUUGGCUAAGCAAUUAAGCCCACUACCUGAAUCGCAAGAUUGGCUUGAGACGUUGAACGACAAUAUGGCUUCGGUAAAGCUAGAGAAGGACGGUCUAGCAAUCAACCAAAUGUGUCAACAAGCAAAUCAGUUACUGACUUCCAUCGAUGCUGGAGACAUUGAAGCACACCAUUUGUUAGACCUGAUCGAUGAGAUGCUUCGACUUGAUCAAGAGGCUACUCGCUGGCGAAAAAAACCAGAAUGGAGCUUUCAGACUAAAUCUCGUGGGGAAAUACUCGAUAACAGAGAGUCCAAACUCUGGUUGCCAGAGUCUAUUCAGCUUCAUCCAGACUUAUGGAUGGCCUAUGAGUGGAAUUAUCACCGUACUGCACGCAUCAUUCUUCAUCAGAAACUGGUAGCUUGCUUGGAAAAGGUCAAUACUGCACUACCAUCAGACUCUGGUGUCACAACUCGGAUCACGGAAUCAAUCAAUACUGUCCAGCUUUUGGCUAGUGAGGUCCUGGCAACUGUUCCUCAAUCGUUUGGCGAUAUCGAUCACCUCGGUAGAUGGCACUCGGAGUCAAAGACGGCUCGUUGGCAGGCCGUCGGUGCAUACCUUCUGCUUUGGCCGACGAAAAUCAUCAAAAGUCAGAGUGCCUUAACUACAAAUUCACAGAAGGACGAUGCACAGAGAGUGUUUGGGAGGAUCAGAGAGUGUACAGGCAUGAAGUCAAGCCUGGGUGUUCUAUCCGAGAUCUAGUCAUAUAAGC